AACGUUGUUCAUUGAAGCUGAAUACUCUCAACACAAACAUCUAAAAGUAUAAGGUACAUAUAUAAAAAAAAAAAAAAAACAGCACUUUAGCGGACCAGUGCCGCCAUGGGUUUGCUGACAAUUUUGAAGAAGAUGAAGCAGAAGGAGCGCGAGAUGAGACUGCUAAUGUUAGGUCUGGACAACGCGGGGAAGACGACCAUCCUGAAGAAGUUCAACGGAGAGGACAUCACCACCAUCUCUCCCACUCUGGGCUUCAACAUCAAAACAUUAGAGCACCGAGGGUUUAAACUGAAUAUUUGGGACGUUGGCGGUCAGAAGUCACUGCGGUCCUACUGGAGGAACUACUUUGAGAGCACGGACGGGCUGGUGUGGGUGGUGGACAGCGCAGACAGGCUCCGACUGGAGGACUGCAGGCAGGAGCUCAGCGCACUGCUGCUGGAGGAGCGGUUAGCUGGUGCCACACUGCUGGUUUUUGCAAACAAACAGGACUUACCUGGAUCCCUGUCAAAAGAAGCCAUACGUGAGGCGAUGGGGCUGGAUGAGAUCAAAAGUCAUCACUGGUGUAUUAUUGGUUGCAGUGCAGUAACGGGAGAGAAUUUAUUAACUGGAGUAGACUGGUUACUGGAUGAUAUCGCUGCAAGGAUCUUCACCGCUGACUGAACGUAGGGAAACAUUUGAGCCCUGACUGGACUGUGGACUCAAUAAAACCAAGCUCAACCGUUGUAUUCUUAUGACUGAUGCGUCAAUACAUGUCUCCUUUAUUUGCACAAAUUAAAAUGCAUUUUUUUUUUAUGACUGUGUGUCAAGAAUAGAACAAUGAUUUGAGGAAAUGUGACUUUCACUUCUGAUAAACUUGACCACAAAACCAUUUGUGAGUGCUUUGGCUUGCACAACAUAUGCAACUACACUCACUCCAGGAUUUAAAUGCAAGUGGAGCUUUAGCUCUCAUACAAAAUGUGG